GCAUUUCCACACUCAAGCUGAGUGUGCAAGCAGAGUGCAUGUGUAGCACCCGUCAUACAGAAGAGACUGUGGGAAUAGGUGGACGUUUGAUUCUUCUCUGUUGCAGCGCUAUAAGGAUGGAUUGAGUUAUUGGGCCACGAGUCAUUCUCGGGAAGACACUGGGUUUACUGGAGGAGAAGUGCUUUUUCUCUCCUUCCUGGCAUUCCUUUUCCCUUUAUUGCAGUUGGCUGGUGCACAUACCUUUGGGUUUUGGAGAGAGGGGCAGCAGUGGGUUUUGGGGAGUGGGGCUGGAGUGGGUUUUGGAGAGUGGGGCUGGAGUGGGUUUUGGAGAGUGGGGCUGGAGUGGGUUUUGGAUAGUGUGGGUACAAUAGGUUUUGGAAAGUGGGGGUACAGUAGGUUUUGGAGAGAGGGGCAGCAGUGGGUUUUGGAAAGUUGGGGUACAGUAGGUUUUGGAAAGUGGGUGCACAGUAGGUUUUGGAAAGUGGGGGCACAGUAGGUUUUGGAAAGUGGGGGCACAGUAGGUUUUGGAAAGUGGGGGUACAGUAGGUUUUGGAGAGUGGGGCAGCAGUGGGUUUUGGAAAGUGAGGGUACAAUAGGUUUUGGAAAGUGGGGGUACAGUGGGUUUUGGAGAGUAGGGGUAAAGUAGGCUUUGGAGGAACUGGGGGUACAGAGAUGCCAGAGGAAGGAAUUCCGUAUCCUCAGGUGUUUGUGGUGGAUAGACAGAUGGGUGUGCCUCCCACUGUGCCUGUCCCACACCGGCAACGCACUGUCCUUCUCCAGCAGAUUCUGAUCGUGCUGGUGUCUCUGGCACUUUGUGGACUGGCCGUGGAGGCCUGCUUCAUCUAUAGACUCUACAACCAGCCUUCCGAUGCCAGCAUGUCUGUAAAGCAGCUUGGAGAACAGGAAAGCCGUUUUUUGAAAAAAGUUGAAAGGGAAGGUAAAAUCCACCCAACAGAGAGAAGUGGCAUCGCACUGAAGCCAGCAAAGCCCUCUGCACAUCUCACAGAUAUUAGCAUUCCUGUGGCACCAGAUGGGAUACUGCAGUGGGGGAUAAAUGGAGAUGCCUUCUCUGCUGGGGUGGAGCACAAGGACGGGUCACUGCUACUGAAGAAGGAGGGGUUCUACUUCAUCUACUCUAAGGUGUCGUUUGAGGAGCUCACCUGUUCCAUGUUCAAGCAUACGGUCCUGAUGCGCACCCCUCGCUACUCUCAAGACCUGCCACUCAUGAAGGCCAAGCGCUUCUCCUGCAGCAACUCCAAACAGCCCGAAGAUGGCAUGCUGAACAGCUACCUGGGUGGAGUCUUCCACCUGCAUGUCGAUGACUCUGUUUUUGUGAAGGUGGAGAAUCAUACCCUGGUCAGACACCAUGACACCUCAGACAACUUCUUUGGAAUGUUCAUGAUAUAAACAAAAAGUGAUGCAACUGUUAAUGGUGUGUUUGUGUAGAUCUGGGUUAGGGUCAAGGCAUGACCAUUGAUGAGGAAAUCAGUCUACGGAGCAUAAUGAAGGUGUGAUGAGGGACUGAUGAGAUGAGUGUGUAAGAGAGUAAAUGGAGUGUGAAGGUCUGAGUGUUAUACAAGACUGCAGUGGAACACAUUGCUCCAGCACACAGAUACUAUUUUAUUUUCAUAGAUAAUUUUUGUACCACCCAUGGACAGGCAUAUUCUGAAGGAAAACCCAACACACUUCUUAAAAGUAUUAGUGUUUAAUUAUAAUGCAAUCAUUUGAAAAAUAAUAACAUCCCAGUUAGCAUAUGUAUUCUACAUUUUGCUGGUCAUUGCCAUUCAUUGAGAAGUUUUUCUUCCUGUAAUAGAAGAUUUGUGUGUGGGAUCAUUAGAGUGAGGGAGUGUGUGAUUAGUGGUUUGUGUGAAAUUAGAUUACAUUUAUUUGGCAGAUGCUUAUCCAAAGCGACGUAAAAAGUGCAUUUCAUGGUCAUGAACAACUAUGAAACACAGGUUCAAUAAGAUACGAUACUCAUUUCGUAUAGCUAUUUCUAGCCAAGGACACAGUUUAGUUCACGCGCUGAACACUAUUCUGACCUAACAUAUACUAAGCCAAACUAGAGAGAAGGACAAGCUACAAUAUUAGAACAAAUACAAAUUUACAAAAAUGACCAACAAGUGCUGGAAUGGGGGUACAUGUAUCAUGAGUGUCAUGAAAGGGGGGGAUUUAAAGUGAAAUGAUAUACAGAGUGGUGGUAUUUAGUCCAGGUAUAGUCUGAAGAGAUGCGUCUUCAGACCAUGGCGGAAGAUGGGUAGUGAGGGAGAGGUUCGAAGAGGGACAGGGAGUUCAUUUCACCACUGGGGAGCUAGGGUGGAGAAGCUCUGUGAUCCCUUUACUCAGCUGGGUUAGGGUUAGGUACAAGGUGCCCUGCUGCUGCAGAGCGGAGUGGUUGAGCAGGCGUAUAGAAUCAAAUCAUGUCCUGCAAAUAGAUAGGGGACAUCCUGUUGCCUGCAGUGUAGGCAAGGGUCAGGACUUUGAACCCGAUCCUGGCAGUGACCGGUAGCCAGUGGAGUAACCGCACCAGAGGAGUGACGUGGGAGAAUUUGGGAAUGUUGUAGGUGAGUCGGGCAGCAGCAUUUUGAACAUUCUCUAGUGGGUGUAUGGCACAAGCUGGCAGGCUUGCAAAGAGUGAGUUGCAGUAAUCAAGGCGGGAGGUCACCAUAGCCUGGACAAGCAGCUACAAAUGACCUCUCAUGUCUACAUAGGUAUAUAAAAUUUAGAAAAUGUCAGAAAUGUUAGAAGUUCUAUGAAAAAAGAAACCCAAAUACAAAGAAAACAGUGUCAUUGAAGCUUCAGAAUUAUAUCAAACUAUCGUUUGAAACCACCAAUUAGGUUCCUGCUUUGCAUUGGACGUUUCAUAACACAUACGGACAUCACAGAUGAAAAGGUUUCUGUGACUAAAACAAGCAUCUGUAACAGAGACAAGCUUCCUAUCUGAGAGCUGUGGACGUGGUGUGCAGUGUGAAUUUACUGGAAGAUGUGACCUGACGAAGAUGUGACCUGGGUUUAUAGGAAUCAGAACACUGUGCAGGAAACAGAGGGAGGUGUUGGUAUCGGUAAUUUUCACAAUGAUGUCACUUCAUCUAUCUUUUAUGGUACUGAUUAGGUAUAUUAAAACUGAAAUGCAAUAUCCAUGUUUAAAGAUGUUGUAAAGAUUGUUUGUGAUGGCUAGGAUGAUGUUAUGAAGUGUACUCCAGUUUAACAAUGUGAGUGACACAUACCAGUAAUAUUUCACACUGUGCAUCUCACAUUUUAUACUGAGUUAUUGUAUAAUUACUGUAUACUGUAUUUAUAUAUGUAAAUAACAAAUAACAAUUACCUUGCUCAUAUUUUUUUAAAGCUUAAAUUAAGGACCAAGAAAAUAAAUGUACUGACAAUUUGUCCAUGCUUUUACCUCAGACUGCUGAAGCAGUUUUCUAUUCAGGUGCAGAAUUCCCACUCAUCUCCCCCUUCUGUGGGCACGUAUCUGUAUCCCUCCAUCCCUCCCUCCUUCCUCAACCUUUUCUUUCAGCUUUCCCCUUUCUGUUCACGAUCGGGUUGCCAUCCUCAUAUCAAUGGUGAGGGCAGUAAAAUCAUUUAAAAACAA